AUGAUGUGGCUCAUGGAGAAGUCCUGUUCCGAGGUGAUCUGUGCUCCUGUUUGGAUAACUCUUAGCUUCCUAGGGUGCCAUGCUGCUAAACGGAAUGUCAGGCUGACACUCAUCAAGGCAAGGGCAAACAGAUGUCCAGGAGACCGGGGGCAGACGACCAUCUAUGCAAAGUUUGGCAAAAAUGUUUAUCUUCCUGAAGAUGCUGAGUUUUAUUUUAUUUAUGAUGGGUCUCAUCAGAGGCACGUCGUGAUUGCCCAGCGCGUCGAGGAUAAUGUUCUCCAAUCCAGCAUUCCAGGCCACCAACUUCAGGAAACUGUGACAGUGUCUGUGUGCCUCUGCUCAGAAGGUUACUCGCCAGUGACCAUGGGUUCUGGCUCAGUGACCUAUAUGGACAACCUGGCCUGCAGGCUGGCCCGCUUGCUGGUUACCCAGGCUGACCGCCUCACAGCUUGUAGCCACCAGACCCUGCUGACCCCGUUUGCCCUGCCACCGGGAGCACUGCUUGCCUUGGAUGAGGAACUCGUGCUAGCUCUGAGCCAACUGGAGCUGCCUCUAGGUUGGACGGUCCUGGGAAAUUCUUCACUUGAAG